GUGAUCAGCAUCCUGGAGGCUGAAGGGUGGAGAGGGGUAGUGGGAGACUGAGACUGGUGGGAGUGGAAAGAGUGUUCGCUGACAGCAGGGCCCUGCCGCAUUCCUCAGCUGUGAGUUCCUGCUCACAGCUCUCACCCUUUAUUAGCUGUCAUUUUCAACAGAAAACACGCCACAUCUCAGAAAAUCCACAAUAUAAGGUUGAAGACUUCAAGACCUGUGGAGGCCAGUCAUAGGCAAAGGUGAGGUGAAUUUCUAGGACUGUCCAAAUUUGGGCCACUUCAUUUUUAUACCUGGAACUUCUUGAGAAAAGCUAUGACCUCAACAACAAUUACUCAAAAGGUAAAAGAGAUUGCCACCUGCUUCAUAUGCAAGAAUGUGAUGGUGGACCCAGUAAGCAUCAGCUGUGGACACAGCUACUGUAGAAGCUGUCUCAUAGGCAUCUUUAAUUCUGGACUAAGUUAUAGUCAAUCAUCAUGGAAGAAGACUCAAUUGCCCUGCAAUAUUUGUAAGGAGCUAUAUAGUGUGGAUACCAUCCGGGUCAACAAGCUGCUAGGAAGCCUUGUUGAGCUCAUCCAGGAGAUAGAAGAGACAGAGGAUGAGCUGCUGUGUGAGGCCCAUGAAGAGCAGCUUCAGCUCUUUUGUGAAGACGAUGGCCAGCUCAUCUGCUGGCGCUGUGAGCGGGCACCACAACACCAAGGGCAUGCCACGGAGCUGGUGGAGGACGUGUGCCAGGGCUACAAGGAAAAGCUAGAGCAAGCUGCCAGAAAUUUGAAUCAACUUCAAGAGGAGUGUAUGGAUCAGAUAGAGUGGGUAACAACUCAAAUAGAUGAAUGGAAGGACAAGAUAGAGAUUCAGAAACAAAAAAUCAAGUCUGACUUCAAGUGUCUGCAAACUUUUCUACUUGAAGAAGAGAAGUUGUACCUCUGGAGGCUGGAAAAGGAAGAAGAGCAGAUGCUGAAGAGACUGCAGGAGAAUGAGGCCAAGCUGCGGCAGAAGAGCAAGAAGCUCAAGAGCCACAUCCUGAAACUGGAGGAAAAAUGUCAGAGCUCAGCCCAGAAGCUGCUGCAGGAUGUGAAAGGCACCUUGAGCAGGACUUGUGCUGUGAAGCUGGAAACUCCCGAGGCCCUUUCCUUGGAGGUUCAGACUGCAUGUGAUGUUGCUGAGCUUUACUUGGAUGUGAAGGCGAUGGUAAGACGCCAUCAAGUCAGUGUGACUCGGGAUCCAGAUGCAGCUCAUCCUGCCCUAACUCCAGCUGAGGAUCAAAAACAAGAGUCUCAUGAAUGCAGUCAGCAGAAUCUCAGCGUUUCUUCCAGGAGGUUUACCGCCCUCCCCCGUGUCCUGGGCUGUGAGGGCUUCAGCUCAGGAAGACACUACUUCGAAGUGGAUGUGGGAGAAGAGAAAUCUUGGGUUGUGGGAGUUUGUACAGAAGAUGUGCUGAGAGGCUUUGGAAUGGAGCAGGAGCCCGAGCUUGGGUUCUGGGCCAUCAGGCUGUGUACAGAGAGCAUCUUUGAAGCCCUGACCUCUCCCCCCAGUACUCUUGAGCUGUGUGAAGAGCACAUGGUGGUGGGGGUUGCUCUGGACUAUGAGGCUGGAGCUGUGUCCUUUUACAGCAUGGCCUCUGGCUCCCACAUCUUCACCUUCCCCAAGGCUUCCUUCUCUGGUACUCUGUGGCCUUUUUUUCAUGUUUAUCAACAUUCUGCUUUGUUCCUACCUCCAUCUAUUGAGUAGGGAAGGAGCAAAAAAGAAAGAAGAAAGAAAGA